GUUAUUUUGUGUGCUUAAAUGAGCCAGGAUUCUUUGUUGUCCCAUAAUUUACGAAACGAUAACUUUAUUUGGUACUGGCCGAAUAAUAAUGUUAUCAUGCGUUUAAGGCGCAAAUGGAGUUUUCGUAUGAUAAGAAAACACAAAUGGAAACUAAUAACGGCAUUUUUUGUAGUUUUAACUAUAAAUUCACUAUAUCGAAAGUUUUAUUGAUUUUUUUAGAUGGCAUUUACACAAGUAUACAAUGGAGCUGUUUGCGAGCCCAUCGAUGUUGUGUACACAUGGGUAAAUGGUUCGGAUCCGGCGUUUAUAAACUCUGUUCAGAAAUACGACCCAAGAUUUGAUCCGGCGCGAUUUGACGAUAAAAAUGAAUUAAAAUAUUCUCUUCGAUCUGUGGAAAAAUUUGCUCCAUGGAUUAGACAUGUGUAUAUAGUAACAAAUGGCCAAAUACCAAAAUGGCUGGACUUAACUAACGAACGUGUAACAGUAGUACCACAUGAACUUUUAGCACCAAAUUCGCAGUGGCUGCCAACAUUUUCUAGUGCAGCUAUAGAGACAUUUAUACAUCGCAUACCGAAUCUUUCCAAAAGAUUUAUAUACCUAAAUGAUGAUAUAUUCUUGGGCUCUGAAUUGUUCCCUGAGGAUUUAUAUAACGAUUCUGAGGGAGUCAGGAUUUACCAAGCAUGGAUAGUUCCGGAUUGUGCUGAAGAUUGUCCGUGGACUUAUAUUGGCGAUGGUGCUUGCGAUCGUCACUGCAAUAUAGAAGCAUGUCAGUACGAUGGCGGAGAUUGUUCUGAAGAAUUGAGCGAAAAUUCGGAUGAUAAUAAGAGUAAAGAACCCAUUCAAAUCAAUAAUGCAAACAGGAAAUUUUCAACAAAGCCAGAGAUUAAAGUGUUUCCAAAGAAUAAGCUCUUACACCAACAUAGAAAUGGAAAUCAAAAUAUUAGCUUUAAAAAUAUAUUAUUACAACAUAAAAACUUGACUGGAGCCGAUGAUUUAAAAGUCGUUGUAGAUGACUAUAAUAAAAAACGGCAAGCUAAAUUGUAUCCAAAAAUGCAGGCUGAAUCGAUUGUACAAGUGGAACUGAAUAGAAGCAAAUCGGUAAUCUCAUCCAAAGAUAUUUAUUCACAAUCACUUAUUCACACCAAUAUGCUUUUAAAUCAAAGGUAUGGCUUUAGAGCUCGCAAUGUAUUAGGUCAUGUAGGAUUUCUACUGGACAAAUCGAUUGUGAAUUCCAUGCAAGAACAAUUCUAUAAGGAAAUAGCUAUCACUGCCAAGAAUCGCUUUCGAGCGCCGAAUGAUUUACAAUUCGCUUUUGCCUACUACUCCUAUGUAAUGGAAGAAACAAAGAGAGUUACUGUUAAAGAAAUAUUUAAUGAGUUCGAUACGGAUCAUUCCAUGACAUGGUCUGACCGUGAGAUACGCACCUUUCUGGCAAAAAUUUUUCAAUUACCUUUAGACUGGUCGGCAGUACGAUUUUUCGAAGAUGUGAUACACAACUGCAGCCUUCUCCACAAAUCCAAUAUUGUUAAAAAUAUUCGAUAUACAACAGUUAUGUAUGAACGCUAUGAGGACUCCAAUCUACCAAUUGUUACCCGUGAUCUGGUGGAAAAUUGUACUCCUUUAGCUGAAGCUCUAGAAGAUAACUUUGGCUUAAGACGAAAGUACAAAUAUCAUGUAAAUCCUAAACAUUAUAUACAUAACAAUUUCAUGAUGCUCACUUCAAAUGUAACAGAUGUUGUAAAUGCGUUAGAUAAACUACGUCGAAAUCCCAGGAAGUUUAAUUGUAUCAAUGACAAUCUAGAUCCGAAAUCGUUAGAAGAAAACGAGUUAAUACGUCACCUUCUAGAAGAUUUUUAUUUAUCCUUAUUUCCAGAACGUAGUCAAUUCGAACUAUUACCACAAUAUCGUAAUCGUUUUGAAAAUUGGAAAGAUUAUUUAAAGUGGCGAAGACAACAAAGAGCUAUUUUGAUUGUAAUUUAUGGUUUAAGUAUUUUAAUUUUAGUAUAUCUUUUACGAUCAAUUUGUAUUCAUAAAGCUAAAUUUGUUAGUCGAUGUAUACAAAAACUAUAAAUAAAUUUGUAGACACUAGAUUCAUUAAUGUAAGUAACUAAUGUGCCAGAAAACAAGCAUUCUUUAGUUCUUUCGUGAUUUGAAAGGCAAAAAUUAUCUGAAAUAUGUCUUUUAAUGUUAUUUUAAUUUUUUUACUUCAGAAAUAAAUCUCAUAAAAUCGAAA